AUGUCCUGCUGCGGCCGUCCUAAGUUCAAGACCGGGGACCUGGUGUUUGCCAAGUUAAAGGGCUAUGCCCACUGGCCGGCCAGGAUCGAGCACUUGGCUGAGCCCAACAGGUACCAGGUGUUCUUCUUCGGCACCCACGAGACGGCCUGCUUGGGCCCCAAGCACCUGUUCCCGUACGCGGAGUGCAAGGAGCAGUUCGGCAAGCCCAGCAAGCGGCGCGGCUUCAGCCAGGGGCUGUGGGAGAUCGAGAACGACCCGACGGUGGCGGCGCCCGAGCGCCGGGGCGCCCAGCGGCCGGGGCCCGAGGGCGGCGCCGGGGAUCAGGCCGAGCGGCCGUCGGAGGAGGAGCCGGCGAGGGCCAAGAGGAGCGCGGGGGACGCUCCGCACGGCGCCCCCAAACGGCCCAAGGAGGCGGCGCACGAGGCGGGCAAGGCCGGCCAGCGCGCGCCCCUGGCCCCGCGCGAGGAGCCGGGCCCUGAGCAGCCCCGGCGGGCGGAAGAUGGAGCCUCGGAGCGGGCGGAGGCCCCGGUCCUCAGUGAGGCCUGCCUCCUGGGCCUGUAG